UGUGGCCAGCGUCUUUUGUUCUCUUCGACAUGGCAAUUUAUCAGAAUCAUUGGAUGACAAAAAGAUAAAAAAUAAGACGAUCGGAGCAUCGUUACGUGUUUUCAACAAGCGACGCGGCGCCGACGACAACGGAAGAAUGCCAGCAUUCGUGUGUCAUGUUUCGCCAUUAUCAGAAGAUUCAAGAGUGCAUUAUUAAACACGCAUAACAAUACUCCAAAUCGGUGCGACGUUUGAACCUCAGUGGCAAGUCUAAGCGACAAAUUUUUAUCGCUAUGGAGACUCGCGAACGUGUCUUGAAUUUCGCCGAAAAGGAUGAAAUAAAUGAGAUCUGUGAAGAAAAACGAUGCAUCCGUGAUCGCGGGAAGAUCAUUGUCGUGGUAUCAGCGACGGAAACAAGACCAUCAGUUUCUAGCGAGUAUUUGGAGAGAAAGAAGGUCAAUGGUGAGAUUAGUCUUGUCGAUGUUACCUCCUCCAUGCAUUCUAUGCGGGAAAACGACGACGACGACGACGACGACAAGGAGAACGCGGAAGAAAAGCGUAUUUCCGACGAGUCGAAGACAUCGCGUGGCAACCGCGAGGCGGACAAGAUUUUUCCGCAGCAACAGCAGCGGCAGCAGGUGAAUCGAUCGCCCAGACGCAAAAGCGCCGGCAUCCCGACGUUGUUAUGCAUCGAUGGCGGUGGGCUCACGGAUGCGACGGCGGUUGAAGUUAAGCGCAAGAUCCCGAGGCCAGCGAACGCCUUUAUGCUCUUCGCCAAUGAAUGGCGACGAAAACUCGCCGCUGAGAAUCCUCGAGAAUCCAACAAAGAUAUCAGUGUCAGGCUAGUUCUUUUUUUUUUUUUUAAACAGAAAUGUUUAUUUCUCUUCAGUCUAUUCUUCAUCAGAUAA